ACCGAGUGCCGACCCUGCAGUCCUAGGUCGUACUGCUUGAUAGGAUAUCAGUGUAAUAUAAUUUUAAAAAAAUCUCUGAUUUCAUUUUCAUAUUUAUUUUAAGAUAGUCAAAAAUGAGUUGGAUUAAUUUGCUAUCGCCGUCGCAAUUGUUUUCCUCAUCAAAAAGCAUAUUCAACCAGUUCAAUGCUAUAGCAGCGAACGUGAUUUCGACUCGUCUGGCUUCCAAAAAAGCUGGUGGAAGCUCAAAAAACAAGAAGGGCAAGCCGAGACCGAAACAUAGAAGAAUUCGUUAUCAAGAUGGAAGAUAUGUGCAGAAAGGAACAAUGCUAGUAACACAAAAUACACUUAGAUUUCACCCUGGCUUAAAUGUUGGCAUCGGCAAAAAUUUGACUUUGUUCGCUAUGGAGGCAGGGAAAGUCUUAGUAACAUGCGAAAAAACCAACCUCGACGUUGAACAUAGCGUUGUCAAAAGAAUGUAUGACGGAAGAACGUUGGAAAAUUUAUAUAAAAAGCACUUUCAUGUGAUACCCGCCGAACAACAUUUCAGAUUCAAAAGGAUUGGCUAAGGUUAAUUUAAAAUAUUAAUUUUACAUUUAGUAUAUGGAAUAAACACUAUUAUUAUUUA